AUGGCGGCCGCUCCCGUCUCCGGGCUCGAGCCCCGGGCCGCCGCCGCCGCCGCCUGCCGCCCCGCGGGCCUCGAAGCCUCGGCCCCGGCCUCAGCCCCGGCCUCCCGCCGCCGCCGCCACCGCCGCUCCAGCUUCGCCGCCGGCCGCCACCGCCGCGCGACGUCCGGCACCUCGUCCAACGCGCUCCGCCGGCCGCGCAGCCCGGAAACCGAGUUCCGGCCCUCCAACGGCCCGCGCAUGCUGCGGGGCCUCGAAGUCCUGGGUCCGGCGGGUCGCCUGCGCGUGGACGGAUCGUGUCAGGACGGUGACGUCACACCGUCCUGGCAGGAAAAGGAAAGCAGCGUCUCCGCGAACCUAACGCGAGGCAAACAACCGAACUUAGACUGCAUCCCCCGAGGCCCGCCCCCCGCCGCGGCCCGGAUGCAGGGCUGGGUGCAGGGCUGGGUGCAGGGCUCAGCUGUCGGCCUCUCGCAAUUCCUGCUGGUUUCCAGCGGGGAGCUCCCCGUCCUCGUGCUGCACCGGGCCCCGCAAAUCCUCGGGGUGCAGCCCUCCAUUCUGCGGGAGACAGGCCUUCCCAUCCCCCGACUGCCCUGCCGGGAGACAAGCCUGGAGGCCGCCGUGUCCGUCCCCAGCCAUCUCGGGUCUGCGAGCCUUCCCUUCUCCGUCCACCGUCCAGCCUCUUCCCCGCUGCCAGGCUCUGACCCCAGCCUCGAAGAGGUGACCCUCCCUGUUGAUGAUCCCAUCCUGCCGCAGAGGUCUCCCCGUGUGCUCCUCCUUCCUCCACAGGGCGCCGGGGGCCAGGAGGAGCCCCUCCCAGCAAGCAGCCCACUCACCACAAGCCGCCAGGCACCCCAAGAGCACCAGGUCUGGAGGGCAGGCCUUGGGGGAUACCCAGCCUCCUCUCUCCCCUUGGGAAGCAGCUGCCUGAAAUACCUUAUCUUCCUGUUCAACUUUCUCUUCUCUCUGCUCGGUGUGCUGGCUCUGGCCUUCGGGCUCUGGGGCUUGGCUGUCAAGGGGUCUCUGCGGGGGAGUGGGGGAGCGGCCCUGCCCGAAGACCCCUUGCUGGGACUGGCGCUGGGGGGGCUGGCGGUCAGUGCCGUGAGCCUGGCGGGCUGCCUGGGCGCCCUCUGCGAGAACGCUUGCCUGCUGCGCUGCUUCUCCGGGGGUCUCAUCGCCUUCCUGGCGCUGGAGGCGGUGGUGGGGUCCCUGCUGGUGGCCCUCUGGGGCCCACUGCAGGAUGGGCUGGAGCCCACGCUGCGUGCGGCCAUCACCCACUAUCAGGACGAUGCGGACCUGCGCUUCCUCAUUGACCAGGUCCAGCUGGGGCUGCAGUGCUGUGGGGUGUCUUCCUACCGGGACUGGACACGGAACCCGUCCUUUAACUGCAGCUCCGCGGGGACCCAGGCUUGCGGCCUCCCUGCCUCUUGCUGUGUCAGCCCCAGGGGAGAUGGAGCAGCUGGCCACGACCCGUGCAGCUUCGGAGCUCUGGGCCCGGAUGAAGCCGUUCAGAGGCGGGUGCACCUGGAGGGCUGUGGCCUUGCACUCCGAGGGUGGCUGCGUGGGAACGUCCAGGCUGCGGGGGCUUGGGCCGUUGCCACUGUGGUCGUCCAGGGCCUGGAGCUUCUGUUGGCGGCCCGGCUGGCGAGGGCCCUGGCUGUCCGCCAGGGGGUGGCAGGGAGCCUCAGAACCGCCGGGACAGAAAGGCCCCCUGCCAAACUGGCCCAGGGCUGACAGCCCCGUGGGAUCCCCAGGGAAGGUGUCUGAGCAAGCGUCCUGCAUCUCAGACACUCUGGCCUCCUCACCCUGCUGGGUCUCCCGCCCCCCAGGGGUCCCUUUCCCGGAGGGUAGGGCAUGUCCACCUCCUUCCCAGUUCUGUUUGGGCCCGCGAGAACGAGUCCCUGCACCGCCACCUGACCUCACUCUCUCGGAGACUUUUGCUCUCGACCAGGGAGCACUUGCCAACCCCGCGUGGCCUGCGUGAGCCGCCCCUUGCCAGCGCCCGCCUCCUACAGGGGAUGCCACGGCUGCCCAGAGCAUACAGGGCUCUCGGGGCUGGAUGCAAGCCUGCUGUCGAACCCCCAACUCCAACUCACACCCCUGACCGUC